AUGAAUGAUUCUGAGCUGGAUGAAAAAGAUCACGAAUAUAUCCCAGUUGAUGAUUCUGACGAUUCUGAAGAAUCUGAAGCCUUUGAAGAUCCUGAAUAUGUGCCAGAUUCAUCUGGUGAUGAGGGUGCUUCACAAUUAUUACCAGUAACAACGGACAAACCAAAACAGAUUCUUGUGCAGUCAUGCAUAAAAAUCAGUGGCAAACGUGAGGCCAAAAUGCAUUGUUGCCUGUUUUGCAGUAAAUAUUACUCUAAGAUGCCCCGCCAUAUGGAGCAGAUUCAUGCCAAUGAACCCAGAGUAGCGAGGGUGUUGUGUCUGGCUAAAAAAUCAAGAGAAAGGAAAGAAGCUUUAUCAGUUCUCCUCAGAGAAGGAGAUUUUGCCCACAAUUACGAUGUGUUCCACAAAGAACAGGGUGUUGUACUACCAAAGUAUAGGUCACGAGAAGGUGAAAACAAAUCAAUUAACCAUUAUCUGCCCUGUGAGUUUUGCAGGGCAUUUGUUAUUAAAACAUCCCUGCGGAAACAUCAAAAGACCUGCAGCCAGUCCAAAAAGGAGCACAUUUUCGGGUCAACCCUUGAAAAUUCUAGACAGCUGUUGCCCAUGAAGAAGCAAAGUGAUUUCCAAACAAAUAUCCUGGACAGAAUGAGGGAGGACUCUGUCACUCACAUUGUGAAGCAGGACCCCCUCAUUCUGCUCUAUGGACAAAGGCAAUAUGAGAAAGUUGGAGGUCAGCAACACAACUGGCAAUAUAUUUCUCAAAAAAUGAAAGAACUUGGCCGUUUUUUGAUCUCUGUGUGUGAGGCCAACAAUGAUGUGAAAUCACUUACUCAGUGUUUUUCACCACACAUGUUUGAUGCUGUAAUAGCAGCAGUUAAAAAUGUUGCUGGCUAUGAAAGCAAGGGGCAUACAUUUGCCACGCCUUCGCUGGCCCUGAAGCUGGGAUACAGCCUGCAGAAAUGCUGCAGUAUUUUAAGGAACUCAGCUAUCAGAAAUGAAGAUGAAGAUUUGAAGAAAAAGGCCACUGACUUCCUGGAGAUUUACAAGGACGAAUGGACAGAGCGAGUUUCUGUCCAUGCUCAUGGAACACUAAGUACGGCAAAGUACAACAGGCCACAAAUGUUGCCAUUAGUUGAAGAUGUCGUUUGCCUUCACAAAUAUUUGGAUAAGGCCCCUGAAAUUUCCAAGGACUGGGAUACCGAAUCCAGAUACUUGGAGUUCGGCAAAAUCUGUCUCUGCCAGAUCAUUCUCUUCAACCGGGAAAAGAAGUGGGGAAGCACAACGGCUCAAAUUGAAGGACUUCCAUAA